CCCACAUAAUAAUGCUGCAGGCAGUCAUCCAUCACCUUGUGUCUCAAUACAAGCUAUUGAGUUACCCAUCGAGGCUUCUGAGCCGAUUCGUCCCUCCUUUGUUCUUAUCGCCUACCCAUGCCGCGUUAGUCGAAAAGAGCGUAGACCGCUCAGAAAUUUAUCUAGCGGGACCUUCAUCUGCCACCGGACAACUGGUAUGGCUAAUUACUGGGACCUCGACAGGGUUCGGGCGUCGUCUGGUCACUUCGGCUCUGCGACGAGGCGACCUUGUCAUUGCGACAGUCCGUUCAGUGGACGACAUGGACACGCCAGAGGUCACCGACCCAUCGCUACUGGACAACCUGAGGAGAAUAGAGCUCGAUGUUACGGAAGGCGAGGAUGCACUCAGAGCCAAAGUGGAGGCAGCUGCAUCAAUCUGGGGUCGGAUCGACGUCCUUGUCAACAACGCUGGACAAGGCUUGGUGGGCCUCUCGGAGGAAGGAGGGUCUACGCUGUUUCGCCGGACCUUUGAUGUGAACGUGUUCGGCCUGGUAGAUAUGACGACUGUGACACUGCCAUAUCUGCGAGCGAGCAAAGGCUGCGUCGUCAAUAUUGGAAGUCGAUCGGCUUGGAAGACGGAGAUAGUAGGCGUCGGCCCCUAUUCAGCGUCGAAAGCUGCCGUUCAUGCGCUGUCAGAGACCCUUGCGGUGGAACUCGCACCAUUUGGCGUGCGAGUCAUGCUUGUCGCUCCAGGUGCUUUCAGAACAGAAGGGAUUCACGCCAAGCCGUUUUACGAGGAUCGCCCUUUGGCAGAGUAUGACGAGACAAGAAAGGCAACAGCAAAGCGAUUUGCCUCAAUAUCAGGAACGCAAAGGGGAGACCCUGCCAAAGCCAUGGAAGUGCUGGUGGACAUAAUCCGUCAGGAAGGCGUGGCAAAGGAUAAGCCUUGGCCUCGACAUCUCAUCCUUGGAGAAGAUGCGAUCAACGAUGUACGCGCAAAGUCCACUAGCAUCAUCAAAGAGCUCGAAGAGUGGGAGGUCAUCGGGAAGGCAGUGAGCUUCUAAAUCUUGAUCAGGGCAUUGAGUGUGAAGAAGUCUUUCAUUUGAUUCUAUGUAUAUCAUCAGGCCAUUCUUCUGCAUAAUUGGACAUUCUCUUGUAUCAUUGUACGACAUUACUUUCUGUAGCACCAUUCGUUAAAUUAUUCUCUGUUCCAA